AUGAUAAUGUUUGGAUCAACGAUGGCAUUAAUGAUUGCUCGAUUAUGCCGAAAACACUCACAACGAUAUCUUUCAUCAAAACAAUUAAUGUAUGAAAAGUAUGGACAUCCCCCAGAUGUGUUGAAAUUAGUAAAAAAAGAAGUGGGGGAAAUUGGUGCUGAUGAGGUGCGAGUACGUUGGAUGGGUGCACCUAUCAAUCCAGCGGAUAUAAAUCAGGUGCAAGGAGUUUAUCCAAUCAAACCACCAUUACCUGCUGUUGGUGGAGUAGAAGGAUUUGGUGAGGUUGAAGAGAUUGGAAAUGAGGUAAAGACUUUGCGCACUGGUGAUUGGGUUGUGCCAGGUAUUUCAGAAGCUGGUAGUUGGAGGACACUCGGGAAACACUUCGAAAGAGAUCUUUUUAAAAUCGCUAAAGAUUUACCGUUUGAUUCGGCAGCUACAUUUAAGGUCAAUCCCCCAACAGCUUACAGAAUGUUGAAAGACUUCGUGAAUUUAAAAGCUGGUGAUUUGGUUGUACAAAACGGUUCAAAUUCGAGUGUUGGUCGUUGUGUAAUACAG